AUGUUGAUCCAAUUAUUAGACAGUCCAUGCCUUUUUGAGGUUGUGAUUGUUUUGCAGAACCGCAUACAAGAUUAUGAACAAGCUGAAAAAACUAAUUUGGCCACAAUUUUUAGUAACUUGCCCACAGUUAGAACCUUUGGUAUCGACAGUUAUUUUGUUAAGUUUUUGGCUGCAGAAAUGAUUCCUAAAUUGCUUCCACAUCCGAUUAGUAGUUUAAAAUGUCUCUGGUUGCUGUUUUUUCAACUUGGUGAUUUGGAUCUACUUCAUGCUGCUCUUUGUUUGCUUCGAAACUCACCCAAUCUGGAAAGUCUGCAUAUGUAUAUGCUGGACAUGCAGGUGGAUCCCCGAGUAGAUGUGGGACCUGCUUCAAAUCAUUUGGAAUCCCCAAACUGCUUGGAUUGUACAUUGGAUCAGUUGCAAACUGUUGAGAUAACAUAUUUAGAAGGAUCAAAACCAAAACUGCUUUUUAUAAAGCUUCUUCUUGCUCAUUCCCCUUCUCUCGAGAAGCUUACCAUCACAACAAGUGGAGAUCUUGAUGCUAAAAAAAUACUUGCCAUCUCUAAGGAUGUUAUGCGCUUCCCUUGA